UGCGUACUUCCGGCUGCCGGGUUGACAUGAAGUAGCAGCGGCUGCURGGGCGGCGGUAGCGGCGGGAGUAGGGUUGGUAGCGGGCCUCGGGGCUCAGAGCGCGGGGCGGCCUAGAGCGGCGGACGGCGCGGCGGGCCGAGUGGGAGGCGCAGCGGCCGCCCUGGCUGUCAUGGAGAUGGAGAAGGAGUUCGAGCAGAUCGACAAGGCCGGGAGCUGGGCGGCCAUUUACCAGGACAUCCGACAUGAAGCCAGUGACUUCCCCUGUAGAGUGGCGAAGCUUCCUAAGAACAAAAACCGAAACAGGUACCGAGAUGUCAGUCCCUUUGACCACAGUCGGAUCAAGCUGCACCAGGAGGAGAACGACUACAUCAACGCUAGUUUGAUAACAAUGGAGGAAGCCCAGAGGAGUUACAUUCUCACCCAGGGUCCUUUGCCUAAUACGUGUGGGCACUUCUGGGAGAUGGUGUGGGAACAGAAGAGCAGGGGCGUGGUCAUGCUCAACCGCGUAAUGGAGAAGGGCUCGUUAAAAUGUGCACAGUAUUGGCCGCAGAAAGAAGAAAAGGAGAUGAUCUUUGAUGACACAAAUUUGAAAUUGACGCUGAUCUCUGAAGACAUCAAGUCCUACUACACAGUGCGACAGUUGGAGCUGGAGAACCUUGCGAAUCAAGAGACUCGGGAGAUCUUACAUUUCCACUACACCACGUGGCCUGACUUCGGAGUCCCCGAAUCACCAGCCUCCUUCCUGAACUUCCUUUUCAAAGUUCGUGAGUCGGGCUCGCUCAGCCCAGAGCACGGCCCCAUCGUGGUGCACUGCAGCGCCGGCAUCGGCAGGUCGGGGACCUUCUGCCUGGCCGACACCUGCCUCCUGCUGAUGGACAAGAGGAAAGACCCUUCUUCUGUGGACAUCAAGAAAGUGCUGCUGGAAAUGAGGAAGUUCCGGAUGGGGCUGAUCCAGACCGCCGACCAGCUGCGCUUCUCCUACCUGGCCGUGAUCGAAGGCGCCAAGUUCAUCAUGGGAGACUCUUCAGUGCAGGACCAGUGGAAGGAGCUGUCCCACGAGGACCUGGAGCCCCCACCUGAGCACGUGCCCCCACCUCCCCGGCCGCCCAAGCGAAUCCUGGAGCCCCACAACGGGAAACGCAAGGAGUUCUUCUCGAACCACCAGUGGGUGAAGGACGAAGCUGAGGAGGAUGAAGAUGGCCCCAUCAAGGAGGAGACCAGGACCCCCUUGAGGGCCUCCCACAACACGGACAGCACGAGUCAAGACACUGAAGUCAGAAGUCGGAUCCGUGGCCGAGGCCCGAGGGGCACCCAGGYGGCCUUCCCUGCCCAGGCAGAGCCGGCACCACCCAGGAAGGAGGAGGAAGCGCCGGUGCCCACGCUGACCCACUGGAAGCCCUUCCUGGUCAACAUGUGCAUGGCCACGGUCCUCACGGCCGGCGCGUACCUCUGCUACAGGGUAGUACUGGGAGCGCGAGACACUGCCCUGGGCCUGCCGCCUCAGACCAGUGCUGGCGGGAGGACGGCCGUGAGCAGCGGGUGCAGCGACUGGGUCAGUGAGGGGAGCGCUGGCCCCCUGGUGCUCAGCUGGUAGAUGCUGAGCACUUGGUAUUUAGUAAGAGUCACAGUGGGAGAUGACCUAGUCCCCAUGCUUCUCCUCCCCGUUACCUGGUAGGACCUUGUUCUCGGUCACCACUUUCCCUGUGCGUAUUAGAGUGCAUGUAAGGGCUUCCGUGUCCCAUGAAGUACCGCGGGCUGGGAACAGAACCUUAGACUCCUGCUUCCUGACGUGCCGUCCGCUGCAGUCUCCCUUGCAUGACCUGACCGUUACGUGGCUGUGGCUCCUAAGGCUGGUGCUGAAGGAGCCGCCUUUAGCAAGACAGCGAUGAUGUUCCGAUGAUGUUCCCAAGAGCCGACGUGGGCCUAAUUCCUGRCAUGACUCUCUGAUGACUUCCUGGUGAGGCCCGGCCUGUCCUGGUCCUGCUGGGCCCGCUGUAACUCAGACAUUCCAAGGCUAUGGCCAGCCCUGUUCACACCUCACGCUCUGGACGCUUAGGCAUCAGGGCCCCCACCGUGGGACGAGCAGAUCGGGACUGGAAGCAAGGCAGCCGCAGGAGCCGCCUCCUUGGAGCAGCCCAGCGACGGCCCUUGGAGCCAGCUGCCUGCUGCAUCUCCAUCCUGGGGCACCCUGCUGAAGGGGGCAUCUGCCCCCGCCCCCCCGGAGCCCCUUGGGACUGAUGGUGCUCACGACUCUUCCUGCAAGGGGGACUGAGACCUCCAUAUUUGGUGGCUUUUUUAAUAAGAAAAAAGGCAGCUGUGGCUCUGAGCUGCUCUCGCCAGCAUUUUCACGUUUUGCCUUUCACGGGGGAGAAACCGGCGCAGAGCGAUCCUGAGGGACACUCAGGCGCGGCCGCAGAGCCUUGUGGGGCGUGGGUGAGGCUGAGGGCCAGGCUGCGCGUGCUCGGCUGGGCUUGUCGCACAGUCCGCGUCUGUGUGUAGCUGGGUGUGUAUGUACAGUAGCCGUUGCCGACGGUGGACUGGCUGGCCUCCGUCCGCGGAGGACAGCUGGCCUCCUCCGUCUGUUAGUGUAGGUUAGGGAGGUAGUGAGCUGCUCUGCUAUUUGCCUUAAGCCAACAUUUACUCAUCAGGCCAUUAUUUUUGACAAUGGCUGUGGAAUAAACCAUUUUUACAAAACUGAAAACAAAACAAAAAAAAAGCGAGGUGUUUGGUUACAAUACCUUUUCAGGUGUGUAUACGUGGCUGCAUGACCGG